GCUCAAACAAUCCUCCCACCUCGGCCUCCCAAAGUGCUAGGAUUACAGGCUGAGCCACCAUGCCCGGUCGAACUUUUUAAAGCUACGUUUCAGUGACUGGGCCUCUAGAUCUGCAUGUGAAUGUUUCCACAGGGUUAAAAACAAAGGCAGGUGCAGGGCUAGAAAAAUGUCUUAGGAGAGCUUGGACACAGCGUUCUGAAAGCAGUAUGCCUUACCAGCCUGAGAGCAACAGUAUGUAUAUCUUGGUUUAUUUCUACAUAGGUGUGUUCAUGUGUUCACAUUGUAAUUACUCAUCUAACUGAACACUUGACAUUUGUGCAUUUUCCAGUAUGUCAAUAAUGGUUCAAAAAGAAAACCAAAAAAUUAAGGAACAGGCAGUUGUGUGAGAUGUUUUGGUAAAACAGAAAGAAAAAGAGUCACUGGACUGGCAACAGAUCCUUAAUGGAGAUGACACUUGAUCUUCGCCAAGAAAUUUUCAGUAUCAAUACAUUGAGUAAAAUAAACAUUUUAAAAAGAAACAGCCAACAAAAUCAAAUAUCCUUUUCUUUGAAAAGAUUACCAACAAUUAAAUCUCCAGCAGUACUAAUUAAGAAGAAAAGUAAAUGAAAAAGGAAAAAAAAAAAAACAAAACUCUUGAGGGCAUGAAAGGUAUGCCCAGUUAGUUUCCAGGGCUGGAGGAUUGAGGCAAGCAUCAGCUGAGGCUGCCUCCUGAAGAAAGGUGAAUUUACACAGGGCAGCCAGGGGAGGAAUAUCCUGCAUCAAAGGUGAGUGGGGAAGAGGCUGUUUGGAUCCCCAAGCUUUCUGCAGCCCUUUAUGCAAUAAUGCAUAAGCCUGAGUUUGUGGCAUCCAGAACACAUGCGGUAGUUUCAAGCAUAUCCUAAAUUUUCUUUCACUCUUUACUACCAUUCUACUUCAAAAGCUUUCCCUAAUCUUCUUGUGACCCAUCACUUAAGAUGUCUCACCCAGUGUCCCAGCAGUUUACAGUAAGCCCCUAUAAACUGACUGUGAUGUGGAGCUCACUACUGUAUUCAAUCUGUUCCAUGAAAUAGCAUUUCUUAAACUCAGGGAUUUUCUUCUUGUUGUAGGUUUCUUUCUUUUAUACAGACCACAGAGUGUAAUCAUGUCCCAGAAAUUUGGCUUUUUAGAAAACAACUGAGGACGCCCAUCACAGCUAUUGUUGGCACCUGGGUGUGGAGUCAAUCAGUGCUAGGCUUUCUAGAAGGUUAAUUGAAGGGGCAAGCAUAUGUCUUUUGGUUAGGAUUGAGAACCUGGUAAACGUUCCUCUAGUGCUCGGCUAACAGGGAAAAUGUCUACUGCAGUAGAUAGGAUUCUGAGCAUAGAAUUCCAUUAAUCUGAUCUACCUCAUCACUCCGGCAAAACUGAUGCCCCUGAUGAGAACUUAAAAAGGGGAAACUAGAGACAGUAUACAAUGGCAUCUUCCUACUAUGGAAACCCUUUAUUCAGGAGAGGCACAGGAAGUAAUAGAUAAAGCAAGCUAGUCUUGAGGUUUGGCAAAUAAGCACACAUCAUUUAAGAGUGCCUGAACACCUAAGACAGUUCUUGGGCUAUAUAGGACUACUGUUACGUCAACACAAAUCACGCAAUUGAUGUGGUGAACUACUAGGCUGAGGCCUUGAGAUAUACAGAUUAGAACCAUGAGGGUUUGAGAAAAGAGAUCACAUGUCCUUAACAUAUUCUAGUCCAUUCUUGGCAUCCAGAGUUCAGGUCUGUGACCAACCUACAUGUCCAUUUCUCUGGAAGCAAAAUGAUCUAAUGGCAAUAGGAAAAAGAGUUGAAGUAGCAAUUUAGACUGAAAAAGAAAUAUUUGUCAUACCUGCCUCUGCUCCAUCCUUAAUCUGAAUUCAGUUUGGCAAGACUUGUUAUAUGACAGCAGAAGUGGAGCCAUUCUUAGGCUUUCUUAUUAAAGAGGGGUUGUAGGCAAAAGUAAGGAAGAUGUUGUCACAGGUGUGAUGAAGAAAGAAAAAAAAUUAGCAAACUAGUAAACAAAAAAAAAUUCUAACCUUGAGACCUGAUCUAUAAUGGGACAGACAGUGAGCUCCUCAUCAUAGUCCAAUUAGAAGAAUCUUGCUGUGUAUAGCCUGUGGGUGAGACAUCUUCAGCGGUGAAUUAUGGGAGGACAGGAGAAAAGCUUCAGGCAAUGUGGGUUGAGUGGCUUUUUACUUUUUAAUAGUGGUCUUCAAGUCACACACUCUCAUUUAAGGAUGCUACUUGGAGCAAUCUAAAAGUAUGGGAUUUAUGCAGGGAAAACAGUUUCAUUUUAUAUUAGCUACAUUUUAUUGAGCACCAAAGCACCAAGCAUCAUGCUGAGCACUUUUACAAAGCUUAUCACUUAAGUCUCAAAAUAUCUCUAUGAUGUAAGUACUGUUACCUACAUUUUAUGGAUGAAGAAACUGGGGCUUGGUGUGUUUACAUAAUUUGACUAAGGCAAAGUGGCUAGCAAGUGACAGAGUGGAUUUUUAAGUCUAGAGAUAUGAAUCUAGAACCAGUGCUUUUUGCCUCUUGAUGAUGUAGGAACAGUACCACAUUUUGAGUGUGGUACAUGAAACUAUGCAGGAUUUGUAGGCUGUAUUCUGAAGAAAAAAACCUAGGGGUUCCAUGAAGAAGAUCAGCCACUGUCUCCCAAAGCUGAAUGUUACCACCAGAAGAAGCAGCAACCCUUGCAAAGAAUAUUCUCACAUGGCUGGGAAAAUGUGUCCAUGACCAAACACCAUAUGAAAUCAUGGAAACCAAUCAUCCUAUGGAGAAAGUAACUAAAGGGCUACCACAUAGGACUGUAAUGGUAGUUUAGGCUGACUACUUCUAUUUUAGGUUCUCCAGCCAGAUUAUUACACAUUGUAUGAUAUGGUAACACCUGACAGAGGCAAUGGAUGGUGAAUGCAGCAAUAAACAGAGAUCAACAAGUGGUGUACCUCAGCUGCAGGCUGUGCAUAGCAGUAGCUAUCUUUGUCUCAUCAAACCUGGCCAAGUGAAACCCCUAACCUUGUUUUAUCCACAGUUGUCUUCUUGACUAUCCACGUUGGGCUGGAUGGACACCUGGGAGUUACAGCUUAAACCCCAAACUUAUCACACACUACAUGAUCUUGGCUAGAAUAUUUAAUCUCAUUUAAGUUAUACAAACUGUGUUGUAUGGAAUGGAUGUUUGAUCUAUUUUAAAAAUGGAGGAAUACACUCACAUUAUGAAUACUAUGCUUUUUAACAUAGUACUGUCACAUACUGUGUUCAUAAUAAAGUGCUUAACUUUCUAAAGGAUAAAGCUUCCUUGUUGCCUGGAAUGACUUGGUAGUUUAUCAUGAAAAAAGAGUUAGCUGCACUGAAAAAUCAUAAAAGCUUAUUGGGGAAAGUUCAUCUAUAAGGUAGUCCCAAGGUUUUGUUUGUACUAAUUUAAUCUGUUAAUUGAACCUAAGUAAAUAGGAUAUUCAGGGCAAAGUUUAGAGAAGGUAAGGAUUAUAAAUAUUUCCAGGUACUUUAUUAUCUCCUAUGGAAGGUGAUUUUGUUGUUCUCUAAUGAUCUUAUUUUUCCCAAGUCAUUCAUGUAUUUCUUUCACCACAAGGAUACUUCUUUCAUAUUUUUUUAUAGGCACUGCGCCAAGGAUAAAAAAUAUGAUAUGUUUGACCUCAGGAAGCUUUUGUUCAUACAACAAUGAGUAACUGAGCAUACAGAGAUGAAAGACAGAUUCAUUUCUCUGUUUAUCCUUCAUUCCGUGGAAACUUUACCAUAAUAAAUAUACAUUAAUAGACUUAUUUUAAUAGACUUGUGACCUCAGUUAUGGAUUACACCCUUUGUAUAAGAUCAUAAACAAGAGACAUACACCUAAAUGCAUACAAUAAAGUCUAGGGAGAGCAUUACAAUGAUCAAUUUAGUCUCUCUGAGGUCAUGAUGGGAGACUGCAUGAAAGCUCAGAUGAAAGGGUAUGGACUGGGGAAGGAAGAAAGCAGAAAAGGCUUUCCAAAGGAGUUAAGCCAUGAGCUGAUCCACGAACAAUGAAUAUAAAUUUGUAAGGGAAGAAUAUUAAGGACGAUAAAAGUGGCACAGGAUAAUUUUGUCAGAUGCCACAUUUUUGAUCCUGAGAUUACCACCAAGCUGAGAAUAUCCCUAGGUUUUCCCAGCACCACACGUGUCAACAAAUCUUACAGGAUUGCAUUCUUCUCAUACAUCAUUUGUGCAUUAACGGGAAAAAUGUCUCACUUGUGAUGCUGGGUCCAGACUACAACCACACAAUGGAAACCCUGCUUCCUUUCUCCUUGUGGGUAUCCCAGGACUGCAAUCUUCACAACUUUGGCUGGCUAUCUCGCUGAGUGCCAUGUACAUCAUAGCCCUGUUAGGAAACACCCUCAUUGUGACUGCGAUCUGGAUGGAUUCCACUCCACAUAAGCCCAUGUGUUGCUUUCUGUGUGUUCUGGCUGCUGUGGACAUUGUUAUGGCCUCCUUGGUGGUACCCAAGAUGGUGAGCAUCUUCUGCUCAGGAGACAGCUCCAUCAGCUUUAAUGCUUGUUUCACGCAGAUGUUUUUUGUCCACUUAGCCACAGCUGUGGAGACAGGGCUGCUGCUAACCAUGGCUUUUGACCACUAUGUAGCCAUCUGCAAGCCUCUACACUACAAGAGAAUUCUCACACCUCAAGUGAUGCUGGGAAUGAGUCUGACCAUCACCAUUAGAGCUGUCACAUUCAUGACUCCAUUGAGUUGGAUGGUGAGUCAUCUACCUUUCUGUGGCUCCAAUGUGGUUCUCCACUCCUACUGUGAGCACAUAGCUUUGGCCAGGUUAGCAUGUGCUGACCCCAUGCCCAGCAGUCUCUAUAGUCUGAUUGGUUCCUCUGUUAUGAUAGGCUCUGAUGUGGUCUUCACUGCUGCCUCCUAUAUCUUAAUUCUCAGGGCAGUGUUUGGUCUCUCCUCAAAGACAGCUCAGUUGAAAGCAUUAAGCACAUGUGGCUCCCACGUGGGGGUAAUGGCUUUGUACUAUCUACCUGGGAUGGCAUCCGUCUAUGCGGCCUGGCUGGGGCAGGAUGUAGUGCCCUUGCACACCCAGGUGCUGCUGGCUGCCCUGUACAUGAUCACCCCCGCCACCUUAAAUCCCAUCAUCUAUGGCAUGAGGACCAAACAAUUGUGGGAGAGAAUAUGGAGUUAUCUGAUGCACUUCCUCUUUGACCACUCCAACCUGGGUUCAUGAACACAAUAUCUGUUCGGAUCUGGAGCAUUCCAGCCACCUUCAAAGAUGCCUUAGAGAUUUGUGGAGCGGGAUUGGUUUACCUGGUACUAUAAGGAAUUCUAAGAUGAAGCUGUAAAGAAUAUCUUUGUGUCACUUUUAAAUUUCUACCAAGAAUAUGAAUGAAAUGUUUCUAAUUUUCUGACAUUUUUAAUGGGUUAAUACAAUAGUGUCUGAAUCACAGUAAGUUUGGUAUAGAAUACAGCUCUGGAAUUUUUCCUUCUACAGCUUCUGACCCAUAUUUCCUACCUACUAUCCUACCAUCCCCUCUGCUGAAGAAACCAAGUGUUUGGUAUCUCCCCCGAAACCUGACUGAUAUUCUCAGAACUGUUCUUUUCUCCAAGUGAUUACAUGGAAGAAGCUAUUAAUAUAUGACCCUGCCCUCUGGCCCAAUAGUGAUCUCACUCCAUUUGGGUUCUAUGUUCACACCUAGACCAGGGUCCUUCUCAAGCCAUAUGGUUUACUGUUCAUCUAGGGAGAUAUAAACUUGGGAUCAGAGAUGGUGGUAAUUCUACAACACAUAAACUGGAAGGAGAAAAUUGGGAUUGGCCCAUGCAUCAAAGGCCAAUCUCCAAGAAUGGAUGAAGAGAAUAAGUCUUUGGUUCUCUGAUUCCAAAUCACUUUGGAUACCCAGGUAUAUUGUUAUGUUCUAUAAAAUACCACUUAACUUUUAAAUGUAUAUCCUAUUGUUAAGCUAGUUGGAGUUAGUAUACCAAUUACCAGCUUUUUGUUUUUAAGCAACAGAAGGUAAGUUAAUACAAGUUUGGUUUUGGAAAUCUUUCUUGUUGCUUCCUAGUCCCCAUCUGUAUAACUUAACCUUAAGGCAUAGAAGAGAGGGAUCAAAUAUACACAGGUCUUUCUUCUUGUGGGCACCCCUCAGGGGGUGUGCUCUGGGAUGAAGAGGUUAAUAGAGAACAAUAUAGAUAAAGAAGUUGAAAUGUAAGCACUCUUCUUCAGGUUACUGGAUGCUUACAUGAUUUUUGGUUUUUUUCCCUUUCAGAAAAUCUUGAACUGAGUAAUCAGUAUAUGUUAAAAGAAAAAGAUCUCAUAUAUAAGAGAUAUGUACAUUUGAAAAUCUUAAUAAAAGGAUAAUUUCCUACUAGUGUUAAAAUUCACAGUGUGAGAAGAAUCUGUUGACGGCAAGUUACUAUACCUGAGUCUUAACACUUCCUGUCUAUUGAUAGAGAAAACAACAUUAAUUCAGAGUAUUAAAAAUUAAAUAAAACAUGGAAAGCAGAUAACACAAUCUCUGACAUAUUGUAUGAACUUAAAAAUACGCCCAAUACAUUUCUAAUUCCAUAAUUUCAAGGGAGUAGUCCUAUACAGACCAGUACUCAUAUGACAAUUCUUUCAAAUAGACAAGCUCCUUAGUAACUUAACAUCCAUACCUUUUGCUAAUAUUAGACUUGUUUACCUGCCAAGAAUGUAUUCAAUUUUUGAAUACCAGCAGAGUAGAAAUCAACUUCUUAAAAAUCUGAUAAUGAUGCACUGAGGUCCCAAAGGGUAGUAAAGUGAAACUUUUUUCCCUCACAACCCCCUACCAUAAAAACAAAACACGAUUAUAAGGUUAUAACAUUAAAAAAAAAGGAUUAUAAGAUUAUAAGGUUGUUAAACACAUUUGGUAAGAUUUUCAUUUUGAAAUGUCACAUUAUUCUUUCUCCAUAAGUAACCUGAAAAAUUGGCUAGGUCCAUUAAAUGAAAGCAUAUUGGAUGCAUUAAAGAAUCUAAUAUA